GCACAUGGAACCUGUCACCGCGUCGUCAUCGCUUGUGGCCACAGUUGUUUAAUGGACAGUGGCACUUAAAACUGUCAUCAUACUGACAAUUACGCUUUGCAAGCCAAGUUCGCCGUCCCCGACUUUUUCCAAGCGAGAGGUGCAGUCAUGUUCUUGGAGAAUCUGACUUAAAGGGAUCGCGCGUUUCGACGAGAGUGAGAUGCAAGAGGUUAGGUUUCCUCUGAGACAGCGGUGACGCGAUGGAGCUGAAGGUGUGGGUCGAAGGCAUUCAACGAAUCGUUUGUGGAGUUACCGAGUCUACCACCUGUCAGGAUGUCGUUUACGCUUUGGCACAUGCCACGGCACAGACAGGCAGAUUCACAUUGGUGGAGCGAUGGAGAGUUAAAGAGCGACUGCUUGCACCCUACGAGAAUCCUCUUAAGAUUCUAAUGAAACGGGGAGAAUAUGCCUCCGAGGUGCAACUGAUCCUGAGGCGGUCCUCGCCAGAUGGUAGUAAGGGGACUCCUGGUUUAGGAUCUCGCUCUUUGCAUGGAACGAGAUCUAAUGGUCUAAGUGGUUCGCCCGCGGAGCACUUGGCAGGCAGUGCCAUACAGGAGGAAUCGAAAGGCAGUCCUACGGUACCUUCUUCGGAUCUCGACGACUCUCAGGGUGGAUUAGAAAGGAAUCGUGAUAUCAGGAAAUCGCUUACUUUCAGUGGACUGCAUGGUACCGCUGCAGAGACUAAUGCCGAAGUUCAAAUGGAGAAUGUUGCCAUAGUUCAACCGACUCCACAAUUAAAAGCAAAAGAAUUUGGUACAAGGAAAGCUUCGCAGAAACCUACUCAGUCUCCGACGAGAGUAACCAGUGACAGCAGUGUAUACCUGCCACAGAAAAAGGUGCGGGAAGUUCCACCAUAUAGAGAACCACCUGGUCCUGCAUCUCCUCCGCUGCGUACCUUACCACCGUAUAGAGACCCACCGCCUCCAAAUUUAAACAGUCCUGGGAGAUCUCAUUACUUACCUGGCACUAAUACUGGGAGUCCACACCUUAGCAAAGAUGAUCAAUCAUCGCCCAAUAAUCCCACCAAGCUAAAAAGAAACUUAAUUCAGGAGUUUCAAGAAACUAAAGGCCCCACACAGUCUAUCAACCAAGCACCUGGACAAUCUCAGAACAUGGUGACAGUGGCAUACACUCAACGUUAUGUCGAGCUUAUACGACUAGUCAAUAGGCAACGAGACACGAUCAAUGCACAGCAAGCCGAUCUGACAAAAUUCGAUGCUGAAAUCCUCUACUGGGAGACCAAGAAUCGGGAGCAAAUGCACCAGAUGGACUUCAUCUCUCAAGAAGUUAAUCGAAUAGAGUCAACUGGUCGCAUCAUCGAAGAACAGCUGAAGGAGUUGGCACAUGUCGAAGAGGAGAGCGAAAUAGUGCGCCAACAAGAGAAGACUUUGAAGUCAGAGAUCACUCUGUUGAGAUCGAAGCUUGCGAACUGCGAAACAGAGCUCUUGCAGUGCAAGAACAAGAUCAGACUGGUGAUGGAAGAGCUUGCCACGGAACAGCACACGAUCAACAGAGAGGGCGAUGAGAGGCAAAUGAUGGAGCGGAAGAUCAUCAGUGAGGUAGAACACCUGCAAAAUGAAGUCGAACAAGCGAAACGCUCGGCGGAAUUGGCGACGCAAUGUGCCGAAUCUUUAAAGCUCGAAGUCGUCGGGCUGGAAUCGGCCAUCGUCGAGAAAAAACUGCAAGUGGAGCGACUCGUGGCCGACAUGAAGGAGGCGAACCUUCAGAGCCUCACCGUGGCUUGCCAGGACGAACAAGUGAAACACUUGCUGGAAGGAGCGCACAAGCCAGGAAGCACUCGCAAGAUGAUUGGCUCUCCGAGGCAAUUAGAGACUGCAGUGCCCACCAGUAAAAACCCACACGGAGUUUGGGUCUAGAGAAGAUU